UUCUCCCGGGGAUGCUGAAGAGGGUCGUAGUUGAUGCUGGGGCGAUAAAGUACCUGAUAAAUGGAGCAGAUGUAAUGGCGCCAGGACUUCUUCACAGCACCUCCGAAUACCCGCCUGUGGAGGUCGGGGAAGUCGUUGCCGUAUACGGGCCCGGGAAGAAGGCGGCUCUUGCCGUGGGGAUAGUCGAAAUGGGGAAUGCGGAGGUCCACGAGAGAAGGACGGGCGUUGCCAUUCGCGUGGUCAGCCACUUGGGGGAUAAGGUGUACUCGGCCCAGGAGAAAUAA